CAUCACUUUCUCAACAUCAGUGGGGGACGGCCUCGAGACGUCACUCGCCCGCGCACCUCGACUGCGCGCGAUCUCCAGCUCUGCUACCGUUAUGAGUAUAGACAAACGCUUAGGACCCUGAGCGCCUGAAACUGCGGGUCCCAAAACAACUUGUUGCAUGCUACCGUAGGGUUUGUCGGUGUGCCCUCUUUAUAGGGCGCAUCGCGCCUUCCCAAAGCAGGGUUUGCCUGAAUUGCGCGAAUUCAGGACGACGACAACUGCCACGCAAUUUCCUCCGUCACUGUCAUCCAGCACGCCAUUGCAGUCCGCUCUUCCCGCAUCGACGACGUCUUCACCACCACGCCAGCUCUCAUCACAUGCGCAUCUGAACAGCGACCUCAUCAUCGCCAUGACGAGCGUACUAAGAGGCGGCUUCGGCUCGCCCAACGGUGCGCCAUUAAACGCGACCAACUCAGGCACCGAGUUCGUCAACACCAUCUGCCCACUUAAGAGCGCCCUCGAUGGCUACGACAACACCCUCCCCUGCAGCAAGCAGAAGAUCCACGUACCGCAUAACUUCUGCGACGCCAUGGCCGUCCGCGAGGAGGUCUAUGGCGAGCAGGGCGUGCCUCUCGAAGCCGAGUUCGACGAAGACGAUGCCCGCAGCUGGCACUGGGUCGCUUAUGCUUCGGUUGCCACACAUUCAACCCACCCUCCCAAAACACUGCGCCGCUCCGACUCUGGCAACACUCCGGCUGAUGACGCUCGCCGCGCCUCAGCCACCGCCACCCGCGUCCCCGUUGCGACGAUUCGCCUGAUACCCCCACCCCACGGCCCAAACAAGUACGUCGACGAGGACAAGACGGACAAGCAUGCCGAUGCAGACCCACCUAGUGAGGAGCAGGAGAGCAAGCACCCGCCGGAGCCGUACAUCAAGCUCGGCAGGCUUGCGGUACUAGCGCCCUACCGCAGUCUUGGCCUCGCGAAGCUGCUCAUCAACGCCGCCCUCGACUACGCCGGCUCAAAUCCAGAUCUCAUCUACCGGCCUCCAUCUCCUACCGCGCUGGAGAUGGCGCAGAUACUCGGCAACAACAAGGAGCGGGAGAUCACCUGGCAAGGCUUGGUCAUGAUCCACGCCCAAGCCAACCUGCAGAGCAUGUGGGAGAAGCACGGCUUCCACGAGGAGCUCAAGAAUGACGACGGCGACGUCGAAAUACCAGCAGAACCCCACUGGAUCGAGGAAGGUAUCGAGCACGUUGGCAUGUGGAAGCGGCUCCCGAUUGAGAAGCGAAAGAGGUUGUCGCUCUCCUCCCUGGAGUCGGGUUCAUAAAAGUUCCGUUUCUGUUUUACUUACACGUCGUUCUCAGUUUCUGGCUCGGAGAUGUGCCAAGGAUCUAUUACAGGUCAUGAUGUUCACACUCAUUUUAUGUACGGAGGAUUCAACAUUGCUUAUACCCCACACUGCACGAUUACGACGAUACGGCCGGAUUUCAACAUUAUCUGUUUUGCGAAUAGAAGAGAGGAUGAAUAGGCAAGACAUAGAGGCGUCAUGAUACAUGACUAUAGACUAGUAACGAAGGCACUUUUCAUCCACUUAUUCAUUUCCAAGAGUCCCGCGUUGUUUUCCCUUGUCUUUCCAUCCCAUUUCUAUCUCCUAGCGAGCUG